CUCCUCGUCACUGCUGUGAGUGGGCAGCAGAAGUCGGAAACACAAGUUCGAGCGCAUCGUUUAUGAACCGUUAGCCGAACACCGUUACUCUGCUACCGAGCCAAAGCAAGGUAGCCAGACAGGAGAAACAGAAAACAUGGCGAAAACGUACGAUUAUCUGUUCAAACUGCUGCUCAUCGGAGACAGCGGAGUGGGCAAGACGUGUCUGCUGUUUCGGUUCAGUGAGGACGCGUUCAACACCACCUUCAUCUCCACUAUAGGGAUUGACUUUAAAAUCAGAACAAUCGAGCUGGAUGGGAAGAAGAUCAAGCUUCAGAUCUGGGAUACAGCCGGACAGGAGAGGUUCAGGACCAUCACCACAGCGUAUUAUAGAGGAGCAAUGGGAAUUAUGCUGGUGUACGAUAUCACAAAUGAGAAAUCGUUUGACAACAUCAAGAACUGGAUCAGGAACAUUGAAGAGCAUGCUUCAUCAGAUGUGGAACGGAUGAUAUUGGGGAACAAAUGUGACAUGAAUGAUAAGAGGCAAGUUUCAAAAGAAAGAGGGGAAAAGCUAGCUAUUGAUUAUGGAAUCAAGUUCUUGGAAACCAGUGCAAAAUCUAGCACAAAUGUUGAAGAGGCCUUUGUCACUCUUGCUAGAGACAUCAUGACCAGAUUAAACAGAAAAAUGAAUGAGAAUAACCCUUCGGGAGGAGGAGGAGCAGUGAAAAUCACAGAGAGUCGAUCCAAGAAGCCGAGCUUCUUCCGUUGCACUCUGCUCUAACCCUGCAGCUUUUGCAGCCUCAGUGUGUGAAUGAUUUUAUCUCUCUAUGUGUGUUUGGCGUGCGCGCGAGUGUUUGUGUGAGGGUUUACAGUACCACUGGACUUUCAGCUGUUAGCUGCUGCUGAGAGCUCUGGACUUUAGCCUGCCUCAUCUAUACUUACUGAAGGCCUGAAGAGAGUGUGCUAGAUAAAGACUAUUGCGCUGUUCCCAAAACGUUCCUUUUAAGCCAAAAUAUCCACCUACCUACCCCUUAACCCCCUGGAUCAGUCCCAAUUUAGUGUAGCCUAAUUUGAAUUGUGAGAUCAUUUUUUUAUCUUUAAAAUAAUUAAUUCCAUAUAGUGAAUUUAUAGUCACUUUGAUUUGAAAUGGUUUAUUAAAGCACCAUUAAAUGAAGGAAAUAGUAUAUCGAGUAUAUCUAAUGCCUGCUAUUAUGCAGUUUUUUUUUGCAAUAAAGAUUGUGUACCUGAAGUAAUGACUGAAGAACCUGAAGGUUUGAUAGUUAAAUAUUGGUCAAACUGAAGGACAUGAUAUUGAUAUAUAUAUAAAAUGUUUGUUAUCAUUGAAUGUUAUGUUUUGUUAUAUUUAGUCACCCAUUUUAUAUGUACUUAAUUUUUAUGUUUAGUUACUGUUCCAAAGCCGCAAUAAACUGUGGAAUAGAUGGCAACGUUCCACAGGUCUUAGUCUUCCCCCUUUCCCUGACUUUAUGUCAUUAACUGCAACAGAGACCAAAGUAAAAAGAAAUCGAAACUGUGAUAGAUACUAUUUAAAAUUGUCCUUGGGUUUUUUUAUUUUUUGGGGGGGGGGGGGGGGGGGGUUGUAAUCUCAUAUAUAUAAAGAAUAAAGAGAGAGGGCUAGGACCUGUUUCCUAAUGCUUGUUGAAGCAGCAGCAGCCAGCUAGGCCCUGUAUAUACAGUAUUACAUUUACUAAUGGUAUUAUAUUUUUAUACUCUAUUAACGUAAGCAUCUUUACUCACCACUUCAUAUGAAGCAAUUAAAGCAUGUUAACCUGUGCUUAUGUGGGAUUGAUUUAUUUGUUAAUACUUGUUUUUUGUUUUGUUUUUUUACUCAUUUAAAUGUUUUAUUCAGUAUUCUGUACGCUGUCUUUUGUAAUUCCCUCUUUUAUAAGAUUCUUAUGAGUGUGAAUUUGUGAAUUGUUUACAGCACAACUGCAGCAGUAUCUUUUUUAUUUUUUAUUUUAUGUCAUGCACUGUUAUUUGUGUGUGUGGGUCUCUUGUAGGACCUCCUCACUUCAUAAACCACUUAAAGUCCCGCCUGUGAAAUCAGCCACUUCAAAAAACAAGGCCAAUGUGGAAUUUGCAGACUUUUAUAACUGAUUCUGUGGGGGGGGGAGAAGACAUGGAGUUUCACAUUUAAACAUGCUUAACCAGAGCUGAGAGUACUAAACUUUUAUUACCUUGGUGUUCAAUUUCUGUCUAAAUCUGCAGAUCUUUCCAUUUGCAGAUUCUAUGUGGGCAUGUUACAAAGUGAGAACACAAACUGAAAUGUUGAGAAUCAACCUAGAUACUUCAGAAUUCACCUAAUUUACUCAAAAUGAAUGAUUGCUCUAUUGUUUAUGUUUAAGGGCGAAUGAUUGCUUGAGUUCUAUUGGCAUUGUGCAUCUGUUUGAAAGAGCCCCUGCUCGUGCUCUUGCGGCGUGCCAUUUCCACUUAAAGUGAUAGUUCACCCAGAAAUAAAACUUCAUUAACUCACCCUCAUGUCAGUCCAAACCCUGCUUUCUUUGUUCUGUGGAACACACAAAAAAGUAUUUUUGGAACAAGAAAGGUGUGUGUUUUUUGUCCAUACAAUUGGAAGUCAAUGAUUUGGUUAAAUUGUUUUUUUAAAAUAUACUGAUUUGCGUUCUGUAGAAAGUCAUACAGGUUUGAAACAACAUGAAGGUGGGCACAUGAUGACAGAAUUAUAAUUUUCGAGUGAACUAUCCCUUUAAUGGCCCAGUAGUCAUGUUUUGAAUAUGCAUGCAGGCACAUUUGCAUAUUUUUCAAUGAAACGGUGACAGCGCUCAGCCUCCCAUUUGAGCAUAAAGUCUUACUGACCAUACAAUGCAUUCUUUUAUGUUCUAUUUUAUAACAUGUCUUCCUUGAUUUUCUUGUCUGUACUCUGUGAUGUCAGAGUUAACUGAUUACGUAAAAAGAUUAAAAUAUCUUUUCUAAGUUA